AUGAAUAAAGCUAUUGCAUUAAGCAAUAGCAAUAACAAUAAUAAUUAUAAUAAUAAUUAUAAUAAUACUAAUAUUAAUCAAAAUUAUAAUUAUAAUUAUAAUUUGGUAGAUGAUAAUAUAAUAACAGGAAGAUUACUUUCCAGAUUAUUACAACAAAAAUUUAAACAUGAAGUGACAUGUGUUUUAAGUGGUCAAGAAGCUUUAAAACAAUUAUCCAUAUCAACAUUUGAUUUAAUAUUUAUGGAUAUUGAUAUGCCGGAACUAUCGGGAAUAGAUACUUCAAUCAAAAUAAGAGAAUCAAAUAUUGCUCUCGAGAAAAAUAGGAAAAUUCCAAUUCUUGCUUAUACUACUAAUAAGUGGGAUGAUAAAUUUUCGAAAGCUGGAAUGUAA